CUAACCCCACCUCUCUCUAGCAAAAAACAUAUAUCCAAUGGCUCUAAAAUGCGCCCUUUUCUUGUGUGCAAUAAUAUGUUUUUAUGCACUUGCGGCCGGAGCGAGGGACGUCCCGCUCUCGCUCCAGCCGGGGUUCAACCUCACGGCUAGGCUGGAGGCCGGCGGCAGCGCCCUGGUUGAGUGCUGGAACGCGAUGGCCGAGAUAAAAUCGUGCUCGAACGAGAUAAUUCUCUACUUCAUGAACGGCGCGACCGACAUCGGCCCCGCCUGCUGCGACGCCAUCGCUAUGAUCACCCGCCACUGCUGGCCUGCCAUGUUGACUGCCCUCGGUUACACCGCUGAGGAGACCAAUAUACUGCGCGGCUACUGUGAUGCUACUUCCUCUGGCGGCGGCCCUGCUCCUAGUCCGAUGACGAUGUAACAAGAGUUCCGCCACGGGCUACUACGGCUGAUGAAAUGGUGGUAGUUUAGUAGGGUGCAUGGGAGGGCUAAAAUAGUAAUAAAACUGAUGUUUAUGACUUGUGAGUCAUGUCCAAUUUUAGCUUAGGUUUGUGUCUUUUAAUUGGACUAAAUAAAUGUGGUUUUCCACUAUCGGUAUGUUUAUUACCCCUUUUAACUUGAAAAAUUGGUAUCAUCAAUAUCAA